AAUAAGGAAAUAGGAUAAUUUGUCAUCGAUGCAUUCCAUGGAAAAAAAGGUUAAAUAAGGGAAGUUUCUAUGUUAAGAAUUUGUGAUGAAUAGAGGGAAAAAAAAUGAUCUCCUCGAUUUGCUCUAUAACGUUCAUUGCCCCCUUCAAUUUCUUCCAUUAAAUCCAUCCCUAUUUUUCUCCUAUUUAAUCCUCCCCCCAUAAAUCACCACAAUUUCUUCUCUAAUGGCCACCACCAUUCCCGCUACGGCCGCCGCGAAAGUGGCCAAGAAAGGCAAGGCCAAGCGUGCACUUCCGUCACUAGCCAUGUCAAUAGCGAUCCCUCUCCUUCUCACGCUGGUCAUAAUCUUGUUAUUUGGUUCGGGCCACAAGUACCGCGCCAUGGUCAAACCAUUUUGGUUCCCUCCACUGUGGCUCAUCCAUCUAUCUUCCCUCGGCUCGUCCCUCGUCAUGGGCCUUGCAGUCUGGCUCGUUUGGGCCGACGGUGGAUUCCACUCCGAGCCUGAUGCGUUGCCUCUGUAUAUCGGGCAAGUAUCUUUGAGCAUUGUUUGGGAUCCGCUUGUGCUUGUGAUUGGAUCGGCUUCGCUUGGGUUCGUGUUCUGUUUGGUUAAUUUUGGGACCCUGUUUGCUUGUUAUUCGAGGUUUAAGAGAGUAAAUCCAUUCUCUAAAGAUCUUGUUAAGGUCAGUUUGGUUUGGACAGGAUAUCUGAGCAUUGUUACUUACAAGAUUAUAUAUCUUUGA